AUUUAUUUUUGAUUAAAAAAUGGUGCCACAAAACUCUUGGAAUGCCAAGGCAUCAAUCUCGGGCAUCAAUGACGUCAUAACAAUGUCGUAAAGAACCACUUUAUGGUUGAAAUGGCAGCUCCGUGGUCCAGUUCAAUGCAAAACCUGGGGCUCAAUAACAAUUAAGGGGAUAAUGAUAGAACAAUAAAACGAAGUUGGAUUGAAAGAUGUAUCUUUAUUCUAACUUAUUAUCAAGUUUAAGGGACAAAACUUCGCAUUCCCUUUAAGGUCAAGGCCAUUUAAUGACUUUCAAGAAAUGAAAAAGUUACUAAUUGGUGAUGACAUUUUGCAUGUCAAUGUCCAGUGCAAUAUUGGACUUUAGUUAAUGUAUAACAUUUUUAAAAGCACCCCUUUAUAUUUUAUUUAUAUUUAGGCAUACCAGCAUGCUGGAGACGAUCAACAAUCAUGUCCUAAUGUACGCCUCCAAGAGACAUGCACAUAGCCAUCAAGAAUACACCUCUAGGUGUCAGUUGGCUGCAAUUGAUCAUAAUAUGCAUAGAAAUUUACCAUAUCUAAAACCGGGCUGAUGGAGAAAUAUUCCAGAUAUUGCAGACAAUACAAUAGUGGAUCAAAUACUUGGUCAGUUUAUCCAAGGAAAGUACCAAAAUCAUAUGAUUACAUCGCACAAUUAAUGUACAACAUUAUGAAGAAAAGAGUGAACUUUGAAGGUGGACUUGAAAGGAUAAACUUUUACAAGACUACUUUACUUGAAGUAUUAUUGUUUAGUUUUUACAUAUGUAGAAAUCAUGUUGAAACUGAAAUGUUUGACAUGUUUGAUAUCCAAGAGAUUUAUCAAUCACAUGACAUCACAUACUGCAAAACAGAAUCAAUU